UGACCUCUCCCAUGGCAGUAGUGAAGUCACUUGUGCUCUGGUAGUAGUUGUGGUGGAGCGAAUUUAAACUUAUUAUUUUAAAAUCAUGUCUUGGCAAACUUAUGUGGACCAGCAGCUUAUGGGCUCUGGACUAGUCGCCAAAGCUGUGAUCGCUGGACACGACGGUACCUGCUGGGCCAAGAGUAAUAACAUAGAACCAUCAAGAGAUGAGCUCACGAAACUUUCACAAAGUUUUCAAGACCAAAACAAUUUGGCGAUGACAGGUGUUCACAUGGGUGGCGAAAAGUUCUUCUACCUCUCUGGAACUGAUAAGGUUAUCCGAUGCAAGAAAGGUAAAUCUGGAAUGCACUGUAUGAAGACCCUGCAAGCAAUAUUAAUAGCGGUCUUUGAAGAACCCAUUCAACAUCCUCAAGUAGCUUCUGUUGUUGAAGCAUUAGGGGAUUAUUUAAUCUCCAUGACCUAUUGAGUGAUGGAGCUCCUGAAUAUCACCGUUUUUCAUUCAUUGGAAUUUCAUCGCAGUGGGGUUGGUGACUUGUGAUAAAAAACCAGUGUUGACCAGUGGAGUUAUGACUGUGACAUAUAACUACAGUAUGAACAAAUCUGAUAAGAGAAAUAUUGAAAGGAAAAUAUAUUAUAAUAAAAGUGGAAUAAGCCCUUGGUUUGGAUAAUACUGUACAGACACCGGUUUCGGUGUUGUCGUAUUUCAGACUUUUGGCAAGGGUUUUUAAAGCAAGUGAAUAACCUAUACUUUAAUGUUUAAACUUUUGUAUGAUAAAUUUUUCCAUAAUUUUAUUAUUGUAGCUUGUUGAAUUAACUUGCACUCUUUGUAAGUGAUUUAUUACAGCUGAUGGUUUUUUGCAGUUACAGUAUUUGUGAAGUGGCUAGCUGUGUAUAUCUGCGAGCAUUUAGUGGUAGGGAGGGGAUUGGUCACAUUCAUCCAUCACUUCUACGUGAUCCUUCUUUUAUGUCUUUACCUUCUCUUGGCAAGUCUUAUAUUUUCAUACACUACCACCUCCUCGAACCGCAAGUUUUUUAGACCCUUAGCCUUCCUUUUUAACUUAGCCAGUUCCUCCCGCACUCCAACAUCCGUGUGAGUGUCUAGUCUCUGCUAGCCACUGAUCCCAGUGUUUUAUUUUUUAAUUAAUUUGUUCCUCAACUUCUGUGUUUCCCCAUUACCCACCAGCUGUAAGGAAAUAAGAAUGGAAAUGCAUUCCUAUCAACUACUGUAUCAUCCUUCUCUUGAUAUCCAGGAAACUUCCCUGGUAGGUCAGUCAAAACCUACUUGGAACCUACGGAAUAAUUAAUUAUUAUUAAAGAGCAUUUUCUAAUUUCUUCUACUGUGCAAGUUGGUUGCUCAGUUUUAAGUUCUGUUGAUGCCAAUCUAUUUCAUUAUUUUUGGGAGGAUUUUGAAUUUAAAUUGAUAAUAAAAAAAAGUUUUGGGGGGGAGGGAUUCCUGUCAGGUCACUGAGAUCUGCGAUUUUGAACCUAAGAUAUUAUUAAAUGACGAAAUCAUCAUCAUCAUUUUGGGGUCUUUGGUUCAGAAUUGCUCUGAACAUUUUUUAACAUUAGGAUCCAGUGUAGUGAUGGUUGUCUCAACCUGUGCUGCAUUUUUUAGAGGCACAAAAUUGGCCCAUCUGUGCCCCAAGCUUGGUGUUCUGCUGUUGCUGCCUCGGCGAAGCUUUUGCCGGCGCGGCUCAGUAUUGUACAGCUUCCAUUGCCCCCCAAUAAACACUACUUAAUAAAAAAAAUAAA